AUGGCAAACAGAACGGAAAAGAAUUCAGCCCCAACAUCGAAAAGACAGUCUCUCAAAACCCAAUCAAUUUUCAACAAUUACCCCUCUUGGAAAAACAAGUUGAGGGAAAACUGUUACAAAAGAGUGCGUGAAGACAGGACCCGAUUGCUCUGGAACAUGAGGUUGCCCACUGCUAAAUCUGCUGAUAACAAGGAUUUUAUCAAAUCUGCUUUCAAGGAGAUAGUUUCUGAUGAACUGGAAAAAAUUAAGAACUCGUCGUCAAAUGAGCAGUUGAAAUUUCCAACUUGUGCCCUUGAGGCAAGUGAUGAGGUACUAUGGGAAUAUGAUGGUCUUCAUGAUGCUUAUCAAUGCGAGUGCGAAGAGAUUUUGUUAGAAAUGCAAAGGAUCUUCUACGAAGAUCUCAGAGAUGAGACAACUAAAAAAGAACCAGAAAACUAUAUUGAAACCUGGGAAGACAAAGAAGAUGAUUACUUGGCUCGUGCUGUUUAUGAACAAAUGCAAUUGAGUGACAAGAAGGUGGCCAAGGAAAUCUGGUGUCCCAUAUGUAAACAAGGAGAGUUGCAAGAGAACCAUCAGCGCAUAUAUUGCAGUCUUUGUGAACUUCAACUCAAUAAAGGCGAUGAGGUUAACUUGGCCAUAUUGCAGACCCGACUAGCAGAAGCCCAUGAGGAACAUCUUGAUCGUGGCUGUAGAUCGAAACCGAAGUUUUGCAUUGAAACUAGAUUUGGUUUAACUGCGUUAUUUAUUGUUUGUCAGGAUUGCGAUACCUUUGAGAGAACAUUAUGGAAUAGCAGUAAGUUUGGAGCUGCAUGCUUGCAUUUGGUUUUUACAGAGUUGUACCCUUGUGUUUUACUUGGAAAGCUGUUAAAGACGCUCAAAUAUUAUAACUCAGAUAUUAGUGAAAGUUAUCCAGAGUACAAUUGGGAUGUGACAAAUGAGGGUCUUAGACAAGUGUUUCUUGACAAGUGA